GGUAGAUCUGUUAGAUAUAUAAACAAAACUAAAGCAAACGUGUUCAGUCUCUGGGCCCGGGAGAGCUAAAAAAAACUUAACUUUGCAUUUGCUUGGAGUCUAACAACGGGGUCGGUUACUCCGCUCUAUAGGAAAGACCAUGGGGUCGGCGUUGAGGUGGAACCAUGGGCGUAGCCAGGUCUUUUGUUAGGGGGGCAGAACAUCAGAUCUGUAUGGAUUAUGUGGGGCUUGGCUACGCCCAUGGUUUGAAUCCGAGUGGGGCCCUUCAACUAAAUGAAAGAAAAGGCGGUUUGUGCGUCGGGCGGGGUUCCACUUCCCCUCCUUGAAUCCCUGCGAGGUUCCUGGGAGUUAAGUGGGCCUGAACAGAGGGGGGUUUUCUUGAGGAAAAAGAACUCGGCCAAUACCCGGCUCUCUCUUGCCAGCCGCCAUGCUAGAAACGGAGUCUCCUUCGGGCGAGGUCAGGGCCCUCUCGGCGGGCGCGGAGUCGAAGCGCCGCCCUGAGCUCCGCCAGGCGAGCGGGGAGCUGCCGGGAGCAACAACAACCGCCUCUCACCCCCCGAGCGGGCUUUGCCCUCGUGGUCGCUCUGACGGGGCGGAGCUCUGCGCCCGACGCUGCAUUGAGGAGAGCUCGAGGCCCCGAGGAGUGAGGCACUCCGACUCCUUCGCCUUCCCCGCCCGCGGCUGCAGAGCUUCUUCCCACUAGCGCAGAGAUAGCAGCCUUCGCAGGGGGGAGGAGCUGGAGGGACGGCUUUUUAAACGGAGGCAGGAGCGGCAAGGUGAGAGUGUAGGUAGGAGAUCGAUGGGGGAGCAGGCAGAGCUACUUACGGGGCUCACCUUUUCGGGGAGCUGAAUUCGAGGCACCGUCUACCAAACGGUUGUUUGGCACCAGAAUUUGAGUGGCUUUCCUCACUUAUUGCAGGUAGGAAAAGUGGCAAGACGGGUUAGGAUUAGCACUCAUCUGACUGGCAGGAGGAAUUGCAUGGACUCCGCCACCUGAGUCAGCGGGGCGAUCAUCCGAUGUGGGUUUCGGGAAGAUUGCCGACGGGAGACUUUCUGUGGAAUUUCCAUGGAAACGGCCUCCUAGCCUUUGGCCCCAGGGCAGGACCCCGUUUGUCACAAGCCUGGCAGGAAGAUAAGAUAGCGACCUCUCUUAUCCAGCCUUGCUGGAAGGAGGCGCUGUCGUUAACUAUGUCUACUCAGAAGGAAAUCCUGUUGAUUUCACUUGGGUUGGCCCCCAGGUAUAUGGGGUUAGGAUUGCAGGCUUAGUGCACGUCGUUUGUUGUGCCAGGGGAUUCCCCCCGCCCUUCCCGCUAUGCCACCUGUAGCUUUUGUGUGAGAUUCUGCCCUGCUCAUUAUAGGUUGCAUCCCGAGAGAAAUUUUGCAUCUUGUUGCUUCGAAGAGAAGAACUUGAUUUCUAACUUCAACCUAGUAAUGUCUGCCUAGGCACGCUUUACCAUCUUUGAAACUUGAAUACAGUGGUACCUCAGGUUACAUACGCUUCAGGUUACAGACUCCGCUAACCCAGAAAUAGUGCUUCAGGUUAAGAACUUUGCUUCAGGAUGAGAACAGAAAUCGUGCUCCAGCGGCGUGGCGGCGGCAGGAGGCCCCAUUAGCUAAAGUGGUGCUUCAGGUUAAGAACAGUUUCAGGUUAAUAACAGACCUCCGGAACGAAUUAAGUACUUAAUCCAAGGUACCACUGUACUGUUUUGUUAGUUACUUAAACUGCUACAGGUCAUGUGUGUGUCUGAGUGUGUGGCCUAAAGGCAUUCUCAAUAGCAUCUAAAAAAAUAAUCCUCCUAUAAGAAACUACCUUAUACCAAAUCAAGCCAUUGACUGGCAUCUUGUCCCAACUGGAGAUGCCAGGCAUUGAACCUGAGACCUUUGACAUACAAAGCAUGUUAUCUACCCCUGAGCUGUGGCUUCUCUCUUGCAGCACCGGACAACAGGAGGGGAUGGCAUCUCUCACACAUUUCUUACUGGUCCCCACACGCCUGAUGCUGAAGGUCUUUAAUGUUAUGUCCCAGCUGUCUAUGUAUAGUGCCGCUUCCCUUGCUGCUGUCUUCUACUGUUGGUGGGCCCUGUGGCAGGUGGUGUCUAAGGGCCCUUUCCAGGUGCUCCACAAGAAGAGGCGGGGGACUCCACCAAGAUGCCUCACUGAUGCCUCGCAUGGGGAGCAUGGCUUUGUCACGCUAAAAGUGAGUACAGUGGCAGGAAAGUGGAGAGGGGAGGCCAUAGUCAGGUCUCCUAGCCAUAGUCAGGUGCUCACAGACAGCAGCUGAAGCAGUAUGUGAAGGCAGGAUUCUGGGCUGCUGAUGUAUUUGAUAGACUGGGAGUAACAUAGGAAACAGCCUAUUGCCAGGUCAAACUAUUUGACCCUCUAGCCUGAUACUUUCAGUGGUGACCGACAGCUGUUCUUCAAAGUCUUAGAGGCAAAGAGUGUUUCUCAUCAGCUGCCUCUUAACAGGAAAUGUCAUAGAUUGUGAACCUGUCACUCUAUGCACGCAAAACUCUGAGCUAUUGUCACUGUGCUCUUGUCUGUGUGUAACUGUCCUAUUUCUCUGUCCUUUGGGGGCUCAAGAACUCAGGGCUGCGUCUCCACUAUGUUGCUGCUGGCGAGGAAGGAGCCCAGCUGAUGCUUUUCUUGCAUGGAUUUCCCCAGAACUGGUAAGCGUCGCUGUGCUGUGUGGUAGUUGGAAGAAGUGCAGUGCCUGGAGCUGAUAUCAAUUUACUGCAGGUGUGGCUCAUGCAGGAAGUCAGCCCACAGAUCUGUCGGCCAAUGUGUUAGAGGAGUUUACUGCAAAGUUAAGGAGAAGGUAUUGAACAGAAGGAUUAACUUCCCUAAGGAAAUGACCUAGAGGAGAUGAUGUUACUCAGCUACAUGCUAUCAAGCUUCUAUGAUGCACAGUGAAUGACCGACCAUCAGGUGUUCACCAUUAGUAUUGCUAUUACCAUGCCUUUCUUCCUGAUAAGACUAAAGGUGGCUUUCGGAUUAAAAACAAUAAUAGCUAAAAACAUAGAAAAAACCUAUAAUUAAAAACAAUUAAAUCUUAAUAGAAUUAAAACUAUGUACAGAUAAAAAAUCUAUUUAAAGCAUACGAAUAAGUACAAUAAAAACAACACCAGUCCUUUCAUUAAAAGCAGUCAAUUCCCAAAAGCCUGAUGGAACAGAUGAACAACAAGGGGUGAGCCAUAAUUCAAAACAUAUAUAUACAACAAAUGGAGAGGCAAAAACUAAAAGCUGCAGAGCAGGAAAGCUCUCCUCUCUACUUAAUCCCAUUGUGAUUUGGCUGUAUUUCAACAGGUUUGCAUGGCGCCAUCAAUUGCAGGAGUUUAAGCGGGCAUUUAAGGUGGUGGCCCUCGAUUUGCGGGGCUAUGGCUUUUCCGACGCACCAGCUGGUUCUGAGCACUAUCGGAGGGAAGCUCUGCUGGCAGAUGUACAUGGUGUCAUUGACGCUCUGAGCCCCAGUGAGAAGAAUGGUGAGAGUGGAAAUGGUUGUUGUGGAGGAAGGGUCCGGUUUGCCACUGCAGUGGCUUGCCUUCUAGCAAUGGGAGGAGAGGGCCAUGCAUUCAACAUACUUAAGCUUUCAAGUGUUACAUUGGUGCUUAAUGGGGUUUCCUUGAAAUGAAUCGGUGUUUGGGUUGGGGAAUUGUCAAGCAGGCUGAUACUUGUCCACAUUGUCCCUGUUCUGAUGCCUUCUGUUUGUCUUUUAGAGAUUUCUAAGUGCAUCCUGGUGGGGCAUGACUGGGGUGGAUCCAUAGCUUCUGAGUUUGCUGCCUGUUACCCCAAUUUGGUAGAGAAGCUUAUUAUUAUGAAUGCAGUUCAACCACAUGUCUUAGCAGGUGAGUCUUGUGCUAUCGGGAUUUGGUACUCACUACGAUUGUGUGCAGCUUUUGGCAUUCACUAAUUAAUUCUAAGCAGGAUUGGAAAAGGGAGAGAGGAGCCUGAAUCUGCCAGGGACUAGUCCCUGCUGCACAGUUAAAUGGUUACUGUGACUGCAUUGCCCUUAGGAUGCAGAGCCUGCAUAAGCCAUCACUGUUACACUACAGCUCUUUUUGGAGGAAGAAGGGAGGUUGUCUGAUCUAUCCAAGUGCCUGACACCAACACAGCUUAUGAUUAGAUGGAAGCCUUGUACUAGGAGUACAUUAAAAAACACAGCCACCCAGCUCCCCCCCCCCUGCUUGGACUGCAAGUUGAUCCAGAUGUUAAAGGGAAAUAGAUGAGAGCAACCCCAGUUGAGCCCUCUAUUUUGAAGAUAGUUUUCUGGUUGUGGUGAUUUUGUUUCUUUUUUUAUAAAGUAUUUUUAUUUCAGUUUUGCACAAAAUAGAUGCAAAAGCAAAUAAAAAGAAAAAACAAAGGGCCAUAUAUUGGUUCUCGUGAUGAGUAGUUCUGGUGAUAGUUAAUGUGUGGCAGGGCAACUUAUUUUCCCUUCCACCUUGCAGAAUAUUUUUCACAAUAUCCCACCCAACUGCUGCGAUCCAACUACAUGUUCCUGUUCCAGCUGCCAAAGCUGCCAGAGCUCCUGUGGUCCUUAGAUGACUUCUAUGUGAGUCCAGGGUGGGGAGUUUGCCUCACCAUUCAUGCCUUCUUGCAUUAGGAAUAUAAAUACAGCUAAUCUCUUUUCCAAGCUGCCUGUGUAACUUUGUGAAGCCUAAGCGCUUUAUUCUCUGCUGGUGACUGUUCAUUUUCUUCCCUCAAUGCUGAGCUACAAAUCUCAAAUGUGUUUCAUGGGCAUAUCCCAAACCCUUCUGCCAGGCUGCUUUCAGCUCUGCAUGAAGGGUGAUUCUCUCUGCUUUGGUCUGUAAGAAGCAUAACCCUGUCUCUUCUGCCCCCUCUACCACAACCUCACUCCAUAUAGAGAGUGCCUCGUGUUUAAAGCUCACCUGUAAUAAAUUUGAAAGAGUGGUGGUACAGUUGUACCUUGGUUCUUGAACGCCUUCUUACUUGAACGUUUUGGCUCCCAAACACAGAAAACCCGGAAGUGUUCCAGUUUUCAAACAUUCUUUGGAACCUGAACUUCCAACGCGGCUUCUGCAGCUUCCGAUUGAGUGCAGGAAGCUCCUGCAGCCAAUCGGAAGCCGUGCCUUGGUUUUAGAACAUUUGGAAGUCAAAUGGACUUCUGGAAUGGAUUACAUUCUAGAACCAAGGUACAACUGUAUUUACGCUAAACAAGGGGCAGUCAUAACCUAUUCAGACAUUGCAUACUAUGAACAAGUGGGAUAUGUGAGCAGGCACAAGUACAUUUGCUUUGACACCCUCUCUGGAUUAUUUGGAGGGUGACAAUCUGUGACAGGGAGGCUGCUCUUUAUGUAGGCUCCUCUUGUGAUGUAGAGCCCUGGAAAAUCUACAUUGCAUGGGAGGCCUACCUGAGUCAAGUAGAAAAGUCUCCCUGCUGCAGAUGGUUACCCUCCAGCUUGUGGACAUAGGAUGGAGCUACUGCAUUUGUCUUCACUCAUGUGAAGAUCAAUAGCAGAUUAACUUUGGGUAGAUAGUGGAGGCAGGCAGGCUGGGAAAAGCUUUAAAUACUACUGAGCUGAUCUAUCAGGUAAAGACAUAUGGGCAGGGACAGUUUUUUGUUUUUAAAAGGAAGCAACACUGCUUACUCCUUUGCCCUGCCCAAGGUGGUUUAAGCAAAUAUUUUUUACAAAGCUUUCUAGUAGCAUGAGCUGCCUCUGCCUUAUUGAGGAGACUGUAUUGUACAGGACGAGGAGGUGUGCAUUUAAUUAGCCUCUACAUGCUGCUGUGUCUUUUUCUCUACAGCUAAUAAAGUCUGUUAUGACUAGCAAGAAGACGGGAGACCAAAAUCAUUUGACAGAGGAGGAGUUGGAGGCUUACCUGUAUGGCCUUUCGAAGGACAGGGGUCUACAACCACCCAUGAAUUACUACAGGAACAUGUCCACGUGAGAGCCCAUUUAUUCCCAGCUUUGAUAAUGGGUGGGAUCGGCAUUUUUUCGCAGAGGAAGAAACUGCUUGGCAGCAGUAGCCUUCUGGUCCUAAUAUUUGGAGGGCACCAAAUUCUUUGUUGGAUCAUGUGGAGCUGAGGGGCAAAACACUCUUCCUCCUCCACAAAUCUGUAUUUAAAUUUCAGAAAAGGGGAUGAGAAAAUCUUGUGACCAUUCUGAGAUACUUUAAUUUCUAAAAGAAUGUUCAUUUAUAGAAUUGGAGCUAAAGUGUGAGUGUGCUGCCUUUCCCGAUUUAUGUCAUAGCUGCAGUGCAUGAGCCUCCCUAGGGUGGAAAGUGACACAACUCUGAUAAGUGGCGCAAAAUGGUGAACUGAUUUAUGUCCAAUGCCAAUUUGCAGAUUUCUUUUCUGUGUAUCUUCUCCUACAGUUGGGUUCGUGCAAAGUGCAAGGAUAUUGUGGUGCCCACCCUGCUGAUCUGGGGAGAAAAGGAUGUAUUUUUGGAAAAAGGGCUUGUCGUACCCAUGGAGCAGAAGGUGUGCAAGAACAUCAAGGUGCAGCUCAUCCCUGAAGCCGGCCACUGGGUCAGUGAGGAGCAACCUAAGAAAGUCAAUCAACUGAUGUGGGCUUUCCUCCUUCAGAGAGACAGAGAUGGAAAGAGGGAGUGACUGCUCUGUGCACUACAAGCAUUCCUACCACCCAGCAUGCAGGAAAUUACAAGAACAGCCAUUUGACCUGACACUGGAGAUCUGGUCCUUCUCUGUGUCCAGUAGAAUGUUUCUACUCUAUAUUGGAACAGGAGUUCCAUGCAGCUUUUAACUGGUUUUGCUGCAAGUCUGUGUUCCGUUGCAGUACAAUAAAAAUUAUUUGCUUCAGAGUUUCUGAUAUGGGCUUCCUGAUGGUGAAACUGCGCAGCAGUUGCAUUCAGCAGAAGGUCUUCCAGCUCCCUCCCUCUGUAGUAUACAGGCAUUAAUACUCACAGAAGAGCACAGCUUUUCCUUCUGUAUUGUUUUUUUGUUGGGUGUGCCUUAGCACAGCAGAAUCCGGAGCAAAGUUAUGUUCCCUGUUGCUGUUUCACACCCAUUUUCACUGACAUCUUACUACCUUGGCAAACUACACAGGAAAACAACCCUUGGCAUGGAUCACAUUGAAAUAAACGUUUUCAGCCUUCUUACUUCACCGUCUACCUGGAAUGAGUUAAUGACACAUUAGGAGGAAGCUGCUUCUUAACAUGUGAUAUUACCUGGGAACAUGACUGUGCCUGAGAACAUCUUGGUAACGCUUGGGGCAAUUAGUUGGAUGUCUUGAGAAGAGGCUUGAACUAAUCCACUGCUCAUGCCAACGAGAGGGUGCAGUGAUUGAUCUCAUAGUGUGUGCCUCAUCCUGCAUGUGGUGGACUGGAGAAACGACAAGACCCCCAGUGGGUGUGUACAUAUGUGCAAAAGGAACAUAUAUAGGUGACUUAUAGGAACACAACUGGGUGGAAACUUCACAUCUGCCAGGACUAAAGCUAGUCAUUGCUCUGGGAGAGAAUGUCUGCCCAUGAAGCAGCUUUCAUAAUAAAGAGGAGUUUUGAUAUUACAAGUAUUGUGGACCUGAUGCUCCAAAUGGUGGCAGUCUGAAGUUGGUACAAAGCAGAUGUGCCCUUUGGGCAUAUUCUCUAGAAUUGCAAGUUAAAGGUACAAGAG